CGGAAAUCCGGGUGCCUGGGUCCCGGUCAGCUGAUCCGCCGCCGCUUCUCCCGGAAGCUGUUUGGGCCGCGCCUGGUGAUCAUCAUGAAUUAAAGGCAAUGGGAAAAAGCGAGUCAACGGACCUUGGGAAGUAAGAUUUUGUUUGAUCGAUGAUGAGUUGAUGCUGCGUUCGCUUGGUCACUCCAGUUUACAAGUUUUCUUAGGUUUUCGGAAUCUCGAGACAUCAUCAUUCAUAAGAUGCAAAGCCAACACGAUGUUGAUAUUCAAUCAGCGUGCCUUGGACUCUAUUGUGGGAAGACUCUGCUAUUUACAAAUGGCACCGAAAAAGUCUAUGGAGACUGUGGGGUAUGCCCAAGAGGACAGAGAACAAAUGCACAGAAAUAUUGUCAGCCUUGCACAGAAUCUCCAGAACUUUAUGAUUGGCUCUACCUGGGAUUUAUGGCUAUGCUUCCUCUUAUAUUACAUUGGUUCUUCAUCGAAUGGUACUCUGGGAAAAAGAGUUCCAGCGCACUUUUCCAACACAUCACUGCUCUCUUUGAGUGCAGUUUGGCUGCUGUCAUCACCUUGCUCGUGAGUGAUCCAGUUGGUGUUCUUUAUAUCCGCUCAUGUCGCGUACUGAUGCUUUCUGAUUGGUACACGAUGCUCUACAACCCAAGUCCCGAUUACAUCACCACAGUACACUGCACUCAUGAAGCUGUCUACCCACUAUACACUAUUGUGUUUAUCUAUUAUGCGUUCUGCUUGGUCUUAAUGAUGCUGCUGCGACCUCUCCUGGUAAAGAAGAUUGCCUGUGGCUUAGGGAAAUCCGAUCGGUUUAAAAGUAUUUAUGCUGCACUUUACUUCUUCCCAAUUUUGACUGUACUACAGGCAGUUGGUGGAGGACUUUUAUAUUAUGCUUACCCAUACAUUAUAUUAGUGUUGUCUUUGGUUACUCUGGCUGUGUAUUUGUCAGCUUCUGAAAUAGAGAACUUCUAUGAUCUUCUGGUCAGAAAGAAAAGACUCAUUGUUCUCUUCAGCCACUGGUUGCUUCAUGCCUAUGGAAUAAUCUCCAUUUCCAGAGUGGAUAAACUUGAGCAAGAUUUACCCCUUCUGGCAUUGGUACCCACACCAGCCCUGUUUUACUUGUUCACUGCAAAAUUUACUGAACCUUCACGUAUACUCUCAGAAGGAGCUAAUGGACAUUGAAUGUAAAAUGCAAAAUAACCUAAGACAUUUUCUUAAUAAAAAAGUAAAGAAUCAAAAAUGUAUUAGUACUUUUUGUCACACAUGGGAAAACAAUAGUCUGUAUAUCUCUAUGUCUGUUGUUACUUUGACUUCAUAGACUUAAACUUGAAAAAUACAAAUUACUCACACAGUACGUAUAAUACACUGAACCCAGCAUUCUGUUAUAGUAGACACAUCUUUGAGGAGCAUUUAUUAAGUUAUUCUGUAGAGCAAAAUCAUGUUUCUGUGUACCUAACAAUUUUUAUUUAGAAAAACAUUAACAAGUAGAAACUUAAAUCCUUAGAAUUGACAUAAUUGUGCAUGCUUGUAUUUCAAUUUCUUUUUUCAAGUAUAAUUAAUUAUAAAGGCAAAUAUACAUGUUGGGUCUGAUAGAAAACAUAGAAAUACAUUGGUUUUGUUAUCUAUUUAUUUUCAUUAAUAAAAUACUUUGUUCUGUUACAAAAA